GCGAUGGCACAAACGACAUGCUCCUUGUUAGCGCUGUCAGCCGCCUCAAUGAUCAUUCCCGCCACUCUCUACAGCAUCCUCGACAGCUCGGAUCAGCAUGGUAAAACCGAAUCCAUCCUUUGGCACUCACGCGGGACGGCCAUCAUGCUUCUUAUCCUGUACGCCCUUUAUCUGUGCUUCCAGUUGCGGACGCACAAGAAUCUAUUCAGCGAGGGGAGUGGUGGAACUUCCUCCCUUGACGAGGGAGGGGACGACCCUGAAUCAGUAAUGAGUCCUUGGUCUGCUGCAGCGGUACUGGUUGCCGUGACCGUUGUUAUCUCCUUCUGUGCAGACUACCUGGUUGGCAGUAUCGACAGCAUCGCCAAAGACGCGCAUACUAGCAAGAGCUUUAUUGGCUUGAUCCUGAUCCCCAUUGUCGGCAACGCAGCCGAGCACGCCACGGCGUGUGUGAUGGCUGUAAGGAAUAAGAUGGAUUUGGCCACGGGUGUUGCAAUCGGAUCCAGCAUCCAGAUUGCGCUGCUGGUUACGCCGUUGCUGGUUGUCUUGGGUUGGGCAAUAAAUGUGCCGAUGGGUCUGAAUUUCAAUAUUUUUGAGACAGUUAUCUUCGCUGUAUCUGUUUUAGUCGUGACGGCCACGGUGCAGGAUGGGAAAUCUAACUAUUUGGAGGGAGCCAUGCUUGUGGGACUCUAUAUUAUCAUCGCUUUGACAUUAUGGGCUAUCCCUACUGGAGUUUUGGGAAAAGUU